AUGGGUUGCAAGCAUUACCAACGAUGCACAAAGCUUCAAGCGCACUGCUGCGGAAAAUGGGACACAUGCCGAUUUUGUCACGAUGAAGUUUCUGAUCAUACCAUUGUUCGGAGUUUGGUAGUUACAAUGAUGUGUAUGUUUUGCAAUACCGUGCAACCUGCUGGGCAAGACUGCACCAACCUUGCAUGUGGAAAACGAGUUGCGCGAUACUAUUGCAAGGAAUGCAAGCUUUGGGACGACGAUCCACGAAAAACCAUCUAUCACUGCCAUGACUGCGGCAUUUGCAGAAUUGGAAAGGGACUCGGUAUCGAUUACUUUCAUUGCCCAACAUGUAAUGUCUGCAUGGCUAUUGGUCUCAAGGGUCGUCACAAGUGUAUCGAGAGAAAUCUUGAAAGUGACUGUCCUAUAUGCGGCGAAUACAUGUUCACGUCCACAUCGACUGUCAUUUUCAUGCCUUGUGGUCAUUGCAUGCAUCACAAAUGCCAUCAGCAAUAUACACAAACGUCGUACCAAUGCCCUACUUGCUUAAAGUCGUUGGCAGAUAUGACAGAUUACUUUAAACGCGUUGAUGAAAGCAUUGCUUUACACAAGAUGCCGGAAGAGUAUAGCAAUACCUUUAGUUUUAUUUACUGCAAUGACUGUGAAAAGAAAUCAUACGCAUACUAUCAUUUUCUGUACCAUAAAUGC